UAGUCAACAAAGAGGAGAUAAGGGGAAGAAAAGUCCCGGUGACUAACUUUGUUGUGCAAAACGGAGACAGAAUCCCGCACGCGCUGAACCGCCGCGGCUCUGCGCACCGACGCGCGCACGCCCCUCCGGAGGCGACGCGGGCACGUUUUACUCUUACAACACCGCUUUGCAUCAAAGUCACACCGGAGUGCGUGUGCGUGGGUUUUGUGCGGGGGGGUAACAAACCCGCAUUGCUGUGGAGGAUUGGCACAUGCGGACACGACGUCCCACGCGCACGGAUAGUCGCUAGAUCGCAACCCCCUACAAACAUGUUUGACUAUCUGGAAUUCCACGCGUUCGGCCCCGGAGAAGUCAUGGACUUGUACGCGUCCACGUCCAGCCCCGCGUGCACGCUGCAGGAGGACGACCGGGACGUGUCAGCCUUCUUCCCGCAGCUGGUGGAGGCGGACUGGCAGCAGCACCGCUGCUCGCAGUCCGUUGAAAGCCAGAGCUCCAGCUCCGGCUCGGACGACCUGUUCGCCUGCCCGGCCUCGCCGCCGCCGCCCCCUCGCACCUACAAGCCCUGCUUCGUGUGCCAGGACAAGUCCUCCGGCUACCACUACGGCGUCAGCGCCUGCGAGGGCUGCAAGGGCUUCUUCCGCCGCAGCGUGCAGAAAAACAUGGUGUACACCUGCCACCGGGACCGGAACUGCAUCAUCAACAAGAUCACAAGGAACCGCUGUCAGUACUGUCGGCUCCAGAGGUGCUUCGCCGCGGGAAUGUCCAAGGAGUCAGUGAGGAACGACAGGAACAGCCGGACGGGGAAGAAGGCGGCGGUGAAGAUGACCGUCGUGGAGACGUACGAGCUGACGGCCGAGCUGGGCCUGAUAGUGGAGAAGAUCUGCCGGGCUCACAGGGAGACCUUCCCCUCCCUCUGCCAACUGGGAAAAUACACCACGAACUCCAGCUCGGACCACAGGAUUCAGCUGGACCUCGGGCUGUGGGACAAGUUCAGCGAGCUCGCCACCAAGUGCAUCAUCAAGGUGGUGGAGUUCGCCAAGCGCGUGCCCGGCUUCACCGGCCUGACCAUCGCCGACCAGAUCACUCUGCUCAAAACCGCCUGCCUGGACAUCCUGAUCCUGAGGAUCUGCACCCGCUACACUCCCGACAAGGACACCAUGACCUUCUCCGACGGGCUGACCCUGACCCGCACUCAGAUCCACAACGCCGGCUUCGGCCCGCUGACGGAUCAGGUCUUCACGUUCGCCGGCCAGCUGCUGCCGCUGCAGAUGGACGACACGGAGAGCGGCCUGCUCAGCGCCAUCUGUCUGGUCUCCGGAGACCGACAGGACCUGGAGGAGCCGUCGAAGGUGGAGGUGCUGCAGGAGCCGCUGCUGGAGGCGCUGAAGAUUUACUCCCGCAAACGGCGGCCCAGCAUGCCCAUGAUGUUCCCCAGGGCCCUCAUGAAAAUCACCGACCUGCGCAGCAUCAGCGCCAAAGGAGCCGAGAGGGUGGUGACGCUGAAGUUGGAGAUCCCGGGCUCCAUGCCCCCUCUGAUCCAGGAGAUGCUGGAGGAUCUGCAGGACCUGCAGAAACACUGUGAGGAGAACCAAGCGGAGGCAAACAGCAGCAUCAUCUCCUCCUGACUUCUCACUCUGAGACGGCUCCAGGAAACUCUUGUGUCCCGAGGGGGGUUGGGGGGGGGGGGCGACGGGGGGGGGCGGCGCUGACAGCAUGAACUGAAGACAGGGACACUAGUGUCUUACCUCAGUGUCACAGAAGAAGAGAUUCAGUCGUUACGCUGAUGAGCGAAGAGCUCGUUUCUGCCUCAAAGUGGAAAAAAAGAGAACGAUGCAGUUUUUUAGAUUGUAUCACGCCCUCGUAAACAGUGGGAAUAACACAGGACUCUACUGUAUUUAUACAUGCAUGGAUUACUUUUACCUCAUUUAAUAACAACUUAUUUAGCUUCCCUAGGCAUUAAACACACAGACUUAAAACGUCUACUGCUUGUACACGCAAUUUACUGUUGGUGAAAAGAAAGAUGUGUCAAAGCAGUUUUGUCCACACAAAAAAAGGGAAAUAUAGAAGCUCAUUUUUGGAAAAGGUGGAUUUUCACAUCCGGUGUUAACAAAGUUCACAAAAGCACACAACUGCCUUCAUACAGGAAAACAGAACGCCGAGCAUAGGCCUUGAAUCAAAAAAGUCGAACUAUGUGGGAUUAUUCAGGGAGGAGUCUUUGACUUCUUUGGAACAAAAUUAUUUAGAUAUGAAACAUUUUUUCCGACUUUAGAAAGUAUUAUGCCGCUUUCCAUGAAGUAAAAUGGGUCUUGUGCAAAAUACCGUUUCAGGUAAAGUAUUGUCAUUUUCAUUUGGGUCAAUGAAGAAAUACAUUAUCGCAAACCAUAUCAAAAUAAUGGAACUUAUACAGCCUUAAGCCCUAAGAUGCGAUACACUGCGCCGUUUGCAGAACGCAGUUUGAAUUAUAUUGACACGUUUUUUUUUUCGAGCACUAUAAAAUGCUCUCGUUUCACACUGUUGUUAAACGAAUAGUCCGUGCACAGAGCUCGCCCCGUAAAACCACCCGUGGGUGUUUACACUGUUGCUGUUUUUUGGUAUCAAAUGGAGCGGGAAACAAAAACCGCAAGUAACAUGUGGAGGAGACACAAGAUCCACUCUUACUUACGUAUUUCACCAAGUGUGAAACUGCUCCUUUAAAAACGUGUCUUUAAAUCAGUUCAAAAAAAAAAUACAUUUUGCUGGAUGUCUGCAGUAUAAAAUAAAUCUGCACUGUUAGUAAGCUAACGCACGACUUAAUUCCAUCUCAUAUAUUCUACAUGCAAAGUUUAAUCUCUGAUGUUGUUUUUGCAUUUAUUAGUCUGCCUCAAUGUUUACCGAAAUGUUUGAGUUUCAGUUAUAAUAAUAAAAAGAGCCUUAUUUUUGAGUUUCUACAAACCUUUUUUUUCUUUUAACAGAAUAGGUUUUAGAAAUGCAUUGUUGUUGAUAUUGUCUUAUCACGCGCAACGUUGGAAAAUACUGUUUACUGUAGAAAAAAUACUAAUUAAAAAUAAAGAAAUCUUGCGACAGGAUAAAAAGGAUUAUGGGAAAAGUAGUCUAAUGUUACAAUACGUUCAGCGGUAUUCAUAUUUAACAUCAGAAACUUAAUGGACCUGUGUGCCUCAAGAAAUGUACAUUCUAUUAAACAGAGUGGUUGGUGUAAAAAAUAUCUUCUGUAAUUAAUUAUACUUUAAGAACUCUUAAAGCCAUCCUCCAUAUUGUGUGAAUUCUACAUAUUUGGCCAAUUUAACCUGGAGCCUUUCAUCAUGUUUGAUAUGUUUGUUUUUCUUGCUCUAUUAAAGUCUUGUGUAUAUGAUUUAAUUUUGCUGCGUCAUGUUUCCUCUGAAGCUGCAGACUGUUCUCACUUCUCAGUUCAUUUAUUAGUGA